UGUAUGGCCCCCGGAGAUAAUUGAGUACUUUUAACUUUCUUCCUUCUCUGCUACAAAGCUUUGUCUGCUUCUCUCUUUUCUCUGUCUAAUGCUGCGCUCCGCGUACAUGUCUUUUCCCUGAGAUUCCGAACAAACCGCGUUCCACGACCAAUUCACCCUCUUUUCACAAAAAAAUAGAAGAAAACAAAACUCACUCAACACUCUCCUCACCUCUGCAUUUUUACAACUCUUAUAAACACCACAACCUCCCCCCACUCAUUUUUAAAUUAUAUACAACUGUUUCUGUUUGUUAAUUAUCAUUCUGUUUUAUUCAUCAAUGAGGGCUGUUCCGAGGCACGAGCGCCGAUGGGCCUCGGACUCCGUCCCCAUGAGAUCGACGGUCAGCACCGGAUCAUCAUCUCCGGCAAUGACCGAUGACUCCAACUCUGGGGAUCAGGAGUUCGUCGAGGUAACUCUCGACUUACAAGAUGACAACACGAUUGUCCUCCGCAGCGUCGAGCCUGCCACCGUCAUUCACAUCGACGAACUCGCCACUGCUGGAAAUGAAACUCCGACGUCGGCGUUGGCUUCGGCUUCUCAGUCGCCAUCCACGAUACGGCGAAGCUCGUCCAACAAUCGGAUACGGCAGUUUUCUCAGGAGCUCAAAGCCGAGGCCGUAGCGAAAGCGAAGCAAUUUUCUCAAGAGCUCAAAGCCGAGCUGAGGAGGUUUUCGUGGAACCAAAGCCACGGCUCGAGAGUUCUCUCUGCUUCGACUUCUCAAAAUGCAUCGGUCGGUGGUGGCGGAGGCGGUGCGUUUGACUCGGCGCUGGCCGCUCGCGCUCUCAGGCGGCAGCGAGCGCAGCUUGAUCGCACUCGCUCCGGCGCUCAGAAAGCGCUUCGGGGGUUAAGGUUCAUCAGUAACUGCAAGAGUUCGAAGACCAAUGGCGUCGAUGCUUGGAACGAAGUGGAGGCCAAUUUCAACAAGCUCGCCAAGGACGGUCACCUCCAUCGCGCCCAUUUCGGUCAAUGCAUCGGAAUGAGAGAUUCCAAGGAAUUUGCGUUGGAGUUGUUCGAUGCGUUGGGUCGUAGACGACGAAUGAAGGUUGAGAAAAUCAGCAAGGACGAGCUCUAUGAGUUUUGGUCCCAAAUUUCCGAUCAAAGUUUCGAUUCCAGACUCCAGAUCUUCUUCGACAUGGUGGACAAGAACGAUGAUGGUCGAAUUACAGAAGAAGAAGUUAAAGAGAUCAUCAUGUUGAGUGCUUCUGCAAACAAGCUAUCAAGAUUGAAGGAACAAGCAGAGGAAUAUGCAGCUCUGAUCAUGGAAGAGUUGGAUCCUGAAAGACUUGGCUACAUCGAGUUAUGGCAAUUGGAGACGCUUCUACUACAAAAAGACACGUACUUAAACUACAGCCAAGCACUCAGUUACACGAGCCAAGCAUUGAGCCAGAACCUCCAAGGGCUGAGAAGUAGGAGUCCAAUACGCAGAAUGAGCACCAAAUUACUCUAUUACUUGCAGGAAAACUGGAAGAGAAUCUGGGUUUUGACAUUGUGGGUUAGCAUUAUGAUUACGCUCUUCACAUGGAAAUUCAUCCAGUACAAGAGGAAAAGUGCUUUUCAGAUAAUGGGUUAUUGCCUUCUCACGGCCAAAGGUGCUGGCGAGACCUUGAAAUUCAACAUGGCUCUUGUGCUGUUGCCUGUUUGUAGAAACACCAUCACUUGGCUCAGGUCCACCAGGCUUGGCUUCUUUGUGCCUUUUGACGACAACAUCAACUUCCACAAGACAAUUGCUGCAGCCAUCGUAGUUGGUGUCAUUCUCCAUGCUGGGAACCAUCUUGCUUGUGAUUUUCCGAGGCUUAUAAAGGUUCCCGAAUCAGACUACGAGAAAUAUUUGCAUCAUGACUUUGGAAAGCAUAAACCCACCUACCUAGAUUUGGUUAAAGGGGCAGAGGGGGUGACUGGAAUUAUAAUGGUGAUAUGCAUGAUUAUUGCUUUCACACUCGCUACACGGUGGUUCAGGCGGAGCCUCAUUAAGCUUCCCAAGCCCUUCAAUAGGCUCACCGGCUUCAAUGCUUUCUGGUAUUCACAUCACUUAUUUGUUAUUGUCUACAUCUUGCUCAUUAUCCAUGGCGUUUUCCUCUAUCUCGUGCACAUAUGGUACCUAAAGACGACUUGGAUGUAUCUUUGUGUUCCUGUUUUACUAUAUGCUGGAGAAAGGAUCUUGAGAAUCUUUCGGUCCGGCUCAUAUAUUGUCCGUCUUCUGAAGGUUGCUAUUUAUCCUGGAAACGUUCUCACAUUGCAAAUGUCUAAGCCACAACAGUUUAAGUACAAGAGUGGUCAGUACAUGUUUGUACAGUGCCCAGCAGUUUCUCCGUUUGAGUGGCAUCCAUUUUCGAUUACAUCUGCUCCAGGUGAUGACUAUCUUAGCGUUCACAUUCGUCAGCUUGGUGACUGGACACAAGAGCUUAAGAGAGUCUUCUCAGAAGCUUGCGAGCCUCCCUUAGCUGGGAAGAGUGGCCUUCUAAGGGCUGAUGAGACAACCAAGACAAGUUUGCCCAAGCUUUUAAUAGAUGGGCCUUACGGUGCCCCAGCACAAGACUACCGGAAAUAUGAUGUCCUUCUGCUUGUUGGUCUUGGAAUCGGUGCAACGCCAUUCAUCAGUAUUUUGAAAGAUUUGCUCAACAAUAUUGUCAAGAUGGAAGAGCAGGCAGAUUCCGUUUCAGAUUUCAGUCGAACAUCAGACCUAAGUUCUGGAAGUAUAGGUUCUCCCAAUCACAACAAGGUUUAUCCGAAACGAAAAAAGCCUCUGAAGACCACCAAUGCCUACUUUUAUUGGGUAACGAGGGAGCAAGGGUCAUUUGAUUGGUUCAAGGGAGUGAUGAAUGAAGUUGCAGAGCUUGAUCAAAGGGGUGUCAUUGAGAUGCACAACUACUUGACUAGUGUGUACGAGGAAGGCGAUGCUCGAUCAACACUUAUCACCAUGGUUCAAGCUCUCAACCAUGCUAAGAAUGGGGUGGAUAUUGUGUCUGGCACAAGGGUGCGGACCCAUUUUGCAAGGCCUAAUUGGAAGAAAGUUUUCUCAAAAACUUCCUCCAAACACUGUAAUGCAAGGAUAGGGGUAUUCUAUUGUGGAGCACCAGUUUUGGCCAAAGAACUCAGCCAGCUUUGCUAUGAGUUCAAUCAAAAAGGUUCAACCAAGUUCGAAUUCCACAAGGAACACUUUUAGAACACUCUUGGGAAAUACUUAUAUAUAUACCAUGACCUUUAGCUUCUCCUUUCAAAUCCAUAUCCCUUCCUAACACCUUCGUUCACUUUCAGAGUAAGAAAUUUUGCAAUAAUCUUAGAUCAAUAAAAAUAAGAAACUGAAUUUUGUACAGUCUUGGUAGAAAAAAGAAAAGAAAGACAAUUGAAGUGCAUAUAUAUACAUAUUUAUACAAAAUAAUCUCAAUUUAGUAUUUAGCCAUAUAAAUUAAAGAAAAGAAGCAUAACCAGAAGAAAUAUUCUGGUUAGUGAGGGAACUAUGAAAAAUUUGGAUGCUGCUUUGUGCCUGCAUUGUACACACGGCAAGAUAUUGGUGGUGAGACGUAGAAGUUGACCUAAAACGUCAUUGUUGGGGAGCUAGUAGAGCUUGAGUGCGAUACAGCUUCAUGGAAAAGUUGACCAAAUUGCUAAUGAUUUGAUGACUUGGAUGAGGGGUUAAUGGAAGAAGACAUUCAUAGGUGGGUAGAAGAAGACAGUUUGGAAAAAGGAGAAAUUACUAGAAGAAGGUUCUUUUUGUGGACUAUGGAGGUGGUGGGUGUGAGAUGCCUUUGUCUGUUGGGGUGAUUGAUCUCCUCCUUUUGUGAAGUGGGCACAGGAAUGUCCUUCUAGAAUGUGGUUGAUGUAGUUGCCAUGCAGGCUGAAGGACCACAUGCAGAUGCAGUGCUGUUACUUUUUAAGUUACUUUGCAGUAAUAGAAUUUUUCCAGUAAAUUGGGAUCAUACUUCAUGUUUUAUUUUUUUCAUUGAAACAUAAGUGGAAUUGUCUUUGGAAGAUUUUGGAAUCCAGCGUGAAGUACUGAAUUAGUGGCCAU